AUGGGCUCUUCCGAAGAAAUGCUCCAAAAUGAGUUGCUCCUUCCAGCUCACUCAUCAGCUAGUUCAGAUGCUUUAUCGGAUACGAAAGAGUUCAGUGAAGCGGGUUUAGGUAUGGUUGGAUUUUGGCGCCAACUCAAUUUUUUGCUAUGGAAGUGCGUGUUGGUGAGGAGGCGGCAGAAGUUCUGGCUGGCUGUGGAGCUGAUCGUUCCGUGUAUUCUAUUCAUUAUUAUUGCUCUUGUUCGUACGAAGGAUUUCUCUGAAGCUUCACCACAAUGUCAUUAUGACUCGAAAGGAAUGCUCUCCGCAGGUGUUCUCCCCUUCAUUCACUCCUUCUUCUGCUCAUUCUCAAAUCGAUGCAAUGCUGCUCCAACGACAGGCGAUGAGAAGCACUUUUUGUUUAAUGAUGACGGAGAGCACACGAGGAAUGAGUCGAUAAUAGUGGAUGCGAUCUACUACUCUUCUCUACAACUCCGCUGGAUCGGAAACAACCCGAAAAAGUUCGAAGAUCUCACAAAAGGAGCCGCUGAAAUUGUGCAUUGGCUCGCUGGAAAGUCGUUGCAAAGCACUGCAAUUGUUCGAUUAGGCGACCUAUUUGAUGAGCCAAUCCGUCAAAAUCUAACGAAAGUUUUAAACACAACUGGGCUCAAAAUGGAGACUGCCGAGAAGCUGCUAAAUGCUCGACUGGAGCCAGGAGCAAUUGAAACAUUUCAAACUUUGAGAACCGAGAUCUCGUUUACCGAUUUAUUUUUCUCGGAGAAUCCGCUUUUCUGUGAUGAGAGAAUGUUCGAGAGCACGUUUUCUUUUGAAAAGGGACAGGAAUUGACAAAUAGUGAGAAGGAUGAACUGUGCAGUGUGUUGUCUUUAACUACGUUGAUGGAUUUUUCUGGAUAUAUGAGCGAAGUCAGACUUCCUACGCUAUCCCGUCUCCGAGUCACCCCAUUCAUAUCAUCAUUUCAAUCUGUCUUCGAGCCAACAUUGAUUUUUGCUCAAAAGUAUGGAAACUACAGUACGGAUCAACUUCUGCUUGCCUUGUUCUGCGGAGAAGACCCUCGGGCAACAAUUGAGCAGACGAUAAAUCCGAAUAGUGAUAAGAAUGUGGAUACCCCUUUUGAAAAGUUGAGGAAACAGGUGAUAAAAUUUAUCCAAACAGUAACACCUGGAAAAGAGCAAGAGAAGAAUAGCACAUGUACACCUGUGCCACAUCAUCAGGACAUGAACUGCUCGAGCUUGGAGAGCCCGAUUUUGAUGAAAGUUCGGGAGGCCCUUUCUGGGUAUAUUCUUGUGACACCGGAUAAUCCGGUGACUCGGCGUGUGGUUGAUAGGCUCAACAUCCCCCUCCGAGACAUCGAACACCUCCGGAACCUGCUGUACACCUAUCCAUCGGACGCCUUAGAGUUUCAAGACCGUCUUCACGCUUCGGACCUCUGGCCGGCGAGUCAGAAACUGCUCCAUUUCAUCAAGGUCUACAAAAACGGGCAAAACCAGCUCAACACACGGACUAUUCACUUUUUUUUGGAGCAUCUAUUUGCUCCAUCCAGUGAUGAGUACAGCUUCGGAACCUACACCAAAAAUAUCACGGAAAUUGCGAAUAAGUACACCGGUUGCUUUUUGUUGGACAGAUUUCGAUUUGUAACCGAUGAGAAGGAGCUGGAGACGAACGCGGUGUGUCUUAUGGACACUCACCAAUAUUUCACGGGAAUCGUGUUCAAUAUCGAUUCGAAUGCGACCGAAUUCGACGGGUUCACCACUUAUAAGAUACGGCAUUAUCCGGAGAUGGUGGAUUCCACCACAAGCUUCAUGGACAGUAAGAGCAACCCGUUCAGCAGAGACAAGCCCCUUAUCGACCUCAAAUAUAUCACCUUUGGAUUCUCAUUUCUUCAAGAGUCAAUAGACCGAGCAAUAAUGAGUGAGCUCACCAAUCAGACGGACGCAAAUCUGGGAGUAUAUGCUCAGCAAGAGCCCUAUCCCUGCACAGUGAAGGAUACAUUCAACGUGGCACUGUUCAUGCCCCUCUUUCUCCUUAUCUCCUUCAUUUUUCCAUCGGCACUUCUUGUCAAGAAUAUUGUCUACGAGAAAGAGCAGAAGAUUAAGGAACAAAUGCGCGCGAUGGGUCUUGGAGACGCCGUGCACUUCAUCUCAUGGGGCUUGAUCUCACUGGUGCUCAACUUCAUCUCGGUGCUCAUUAUUUCAAUCAUCUCAAAAGUCGCAAAAAUCUUUGACUACACAGACUACACACUUUUGCUCUUUGUGCUAAUUUUGUUCUUGUUUUCUUCUAUAGCUAUGUCAAUCUUCUUCUCUACGCUUUUUACCAAUGCUAAUAUCGCGACGGCUGCCACGUGUGUCCUCUGGUUUGUAUUCUUCAUCCCGUUCCAACUUUUGAGAACCGACAGAAUAUCAUCGCCGACUUUUAAUCGGAUUUCGCUAAUUCUCCCGCCAACCGCCAUGGGACACUGCUUCAAACUUCUCGAGUCAUUCAACGCAAUGGAACGUGCCACGUGGUCCGACCUUUGGGAGAUGAAUAAUCCCGUUUUAGGGAUUUCCGUGGAGCUCUGCAUGAUUAUGCUAGUAGUCGAUACGGCCGUCUUCCUGAUCCUUGCCUGGUACAUUUCGGCGGUAGCACCCGGAGAUUUUGGUGUCCGGCAACCCCUAUGGUUCCCAUUCACGUUGAAGUAUUGGGCACCCGGAUUGUACAAGAAUCGUGUCGAGUUUGUCGACGAUGAGCAUUUUGAUACAAUUCCCAAUAGUGACUCAUUCGACUCGGAGCCAACAAAUCUUACCCUUGCGGUACAUAUAAACUCGAUGAGCAAAGUCUAUGAGAAUGGAACGAAAGCGCUCGACUGCCUAAACCUGAGACUUUACGAAGGUCAAAUUACCGGUUUGUUAGGUCAUAAUGGAGCCGGAAAGACUACAACGAUGUCAAUCCUCUGUGGCCUCUACGCUCCCAGUUCCGGAACCGCCAAGAUCUACCAGCGAGACAUUCGAACGGAUCUUCGAAGAGUUCGCGAUGUUCUAGGAAUUUGUCCACAGCACAAUGUACUCUUCAGCCAUCUAACAGUGUCAGAGCAGCUUCGUCUAUUCGCUGCCUUGAAGGGUGUGCCGGAUAGUGAGCUGACAUCUCAGGUAGAUGAGAUUCUGGCAAGUGUCUCGUUGACGGAGAAGGCAAAUAAGUUGGCAAGUACUUUGUCGGGCGGAAUGAAACGCCGGCUCUGUAUUGGAAUCGCUUUUAUCGGUGGUUCUCGAUUUGUAAUUCUGGAUGAGCCAACGGCUGGAGUGGAUGUGACGGCGCGGAAAGACAUUUGGAAGCUUUUGCAGAGGAACAAGGAGGGAAGGACCAUCCUAUUGUCUACUCAUCAUAUGGAUGAAGCUGAUGUUUUGUCCGAUCGUAUUGCUAUUCUGUCGCAAGACUUCGAGAAACCCGAUCUCCUCGAUGGCAAACGUCUGAUCUUCCAACACUUCUACGCUCUCCUUGUCUGCCGUAUCAACUACACGCUAAAAAGCAAACGAACCUUCCUGUUUCAAGUCAUCAUUCCCUUAUUCCUGCUCGCCCUGGCCGAACUCUUUGUCCUACUCCAAGUGUCAACUGCCCGUCCCGAUCUGAUGGUUUCGAUGCCCCCGCUUCCACUCGAGACCAGCAUAAUGGGAAAUCACAGUGAUUUCUAUGUGAACUCUUGGGAUACCGCGGAGAAUUCCACUGCCAACGAUAUCCUUCAUGCGAUGUUCUCCUCGCCAGGUACUGGUCCGAGAUGUGCGAAGGAUGUACCGAAUGAUUUAUUGGAUACGAUGCGUCGAGAGCUGAUGUUCAGAAAUCGAUAUGGAUUCGGAAGGAACAAGCCAGCACCAGGAGUUGAUAAGGAUUCUGUUGAUAACGAAUACCAGUGUCAAAACAUCCAAGGUGAGUUCGACUACACGGAAGACAUCUCAAAUGCCACGUAUAAUGCCCCGAUCUACUGCGGAUGUGAGGACUUUGGGUGGAACUGUACUUUGGAAGACUGGAAAUGGAACGAGACGAAUUGGCUGCGAUUGAACACCACCGACCGGAUCUUUGACCUGACUGGCAGGAACCUCACGCAAUUCCGACUGAUCACCCGAUUCGCGCAACUGGCGAAUACCACGGCUCCUUUCUUCUUGGGAGGCUUCUCACUGGGCCAUGUUAACCAACGAGCUCAGAGCCAGGCGGACAUUGAUACAUCGAAACGUGGAUGGCUUGAGACUAUCAAAGACAUUGCCCAAUCUAUGCGAAUAAUCAAUCUUAACACAACUGGAAUUGAGCCUGCCACCCCGAAAGUUCUGGACCCAUUUGCUCAGAAUAUAACGCUGAAUCAAGUGGUGAAUGACUUGCUACAGAACCUGGAUGUCAGGGAAAAUGUGAAAGUGUGGUUUAAUAAUAAAAUAUGGCCAGGGUUUCCUAUCGCAUCGAAUAUUCUGUCAAAUGCGCUUCUUCGUCAGGAGGACUAUGCAAUUGACCCCGAAGAUCUUGGCAUACUGACGAUGAAUCAUCCGAUGAACAAGACCAUCUCUCAAACUCUCGACCAAAAUGCUCUAAAGUUCACCCAAGCGCUUGCAGUAUUUCGAAUCACUAUUCUCCUUCUGGUUCUGUCAAUGAUCCCGGCUGGAUUUACAGUCUAUCUGGUUGAGGAUCGGAUUUGCGAGGCUUUGCACUUGCAGCUAGUCGGUGGAUUGAGAAAAGUGACAUAUUGGGUGACGAGUUACUUGUAUGAUAUGGUGGUAUACACCCUCGUCAUCAUUGUAAUAAUGCUCAUCUACCUGUGCUUCCGUGUCUCCGACUUUACCGCAGACGGCGCAACAUUCUUCGCCUUCCUCCUUCUAUUCUUCGUGCACGGAAUGUCGACGAUUCUCUACGCUUAUGUAUUCCAAAAAGCCUUUUCUGUGGCGGCUCUCUCUUUUGUCCUAAUUGCAAUUGGUUCCUACUUCGUAGGCAUAGUCUGUGCCUUGACAGUUAUCAUGCUCGAGUCGCUUAUGGUUCAGGAUCCAUCACUUAUCCCAGCACAUACCGUCUGUUCAAUUGUAUUUCUGGUUCUUCCGCAGUACAAUUUAGGAAUCGCCAUCUUCCGAGGCCUUAUGAUCUACCAAGUGCGAGCGAUUGGCUCAAACUUUUUACAACAAAUGAACCGGCCUGACAUGAUCAAUCAGCUUCCCCUGCCAUCUCUCCUUGCCUUUGAUCAAAUGGGAAUUCACAUCAUGUGUCUAUUCAUCCACGUCAUUAUUGCCACAAUUUGCUUGAUUUUCUCGCAAAUGGACGAAUUUGGUUUUGUUAGAAAACGCGAGCGGAACCUAACCGACGCAAUGAUGCUCCGCGAGCCAUCCACUUGCGACGAUGAGGAUGUGGUGAAGGAGAGACAACGUGUCGAUGCAAUCCCGAUGGACUCAUCCGACAAUCAUGCGUUGAUAGUUCGGAAUCUUGCAAAGGCCUAUAACCCAGAGCUGUUGGCUGUGAAGGGGAUCUCAUUUGCUGUGGAGCCGGGAGAGUGUUUCGGAUUGUUGGGGCUCAAUGGAGCCGGUAAAACGACGACUUUUGCAAUGUUAACCGCAAAAAUUAGGCCAGGACAUGGAUCUAUCGAGAUGCAGAAUACGAGAAUCAACACGGGCUCUUUCUCGGAUGUCCGAAACUUCCAACAACUCGGCUACUGUCCUCAAUUCGACGCUCUCAACAUGAAGCUGAGUACCAGGGAGAACUUGAAGUUCUACGCGAGGAUUCGAGGAAUUGUACCGACUCAAAUCGAUUCGAUAAUCGAUCGUCUGCUGAUUGCUCUCCACCUCCGUCCCUACGCAAACACCCAGACGUCAAGCCUCUCCGGUGGAAAUCGACGAAAACUCUCUGUCGCAGUGGCGCUGGUCAGUCAGCCAUCUCUGAUCUUCCUCGACGAACCAUCAGCUGGAAUGGAUCCAGGAUCUCAACAAUUCCUUUGGAAGGUUAUUGAAAGACUUUGUAAAUCUGGAAAAGCAGUAGUCCUAACCUCACAUUCAAUGGAAGAGUGUGAAGCUUUGUGUACUAGAAUUGCAAUUAUGGAUCGUGGAAGAAUCAGGUGUCUUGGAGGAAAGCAGCAUCUGAAAUCCAAGUAUGGAAAGGGUUCAAUGUUGACAAUGAAGAUGGGAAAAGAUGAGAAUGCCAAGGAAAUCGCCGGGAUUAUGAGAUCAAAACUUGGCGAUGGCUCGAGAGUCGAGGCGAUUCAUUGCUCCACGAUUUUUAUUCACAUUGAGCAGGGAACUGCGAGUGUUGCGCGGGUUUUGGAGAUUGUUAAUCAGGUGAAAAAGAUGUACGACGUGGACGACUUUACACUAACCCAAUCAACACUUGACAAUGUCUUCCAAUCAAUAGCUGAAAGUGAUAAUUUAUCAGAAGAAGGCCAUCAUGGAACUUUAUCAUCAAUUAAUCGAAACAAUACGGCGUCAACAUAUGUGAUUCAUGGAUCCGAUCAAUAAAAUUUCCUGUGAUUUCUUUUUCAUAUUUCUUUGUAUUUUUUCUUGCAGGGGUUUUUCGCUUUUAUAUCUCCGCUUUUGCUAGGUGGCCUAGAAAAACCUGAACGUUUUCUAGGCCACGUUUAAAUGCCAAACACUGCUUAGAAUUUGUGUCAAUUUGUGUCCAAGUUUUGGUUUACGGGUGUUUCAAUUUGAAUCAGUUGUGAUGAAUAAAUUUUUUGAGAUAUUUCAAAU